UUGUUUGUUUUUCUCUUUCUUUUUCUUUUUCUUCUUUCCUUUCUUUCUUUUUAUGCUAUUAUUAUAUUUUAACAUAUAUAUUUAUGUUAUUGCACAUAAAUAAAAUAAACUACAUAAAGCAGGAAGAACCAUGAAACAAUCAGGAAUUAUAUAACUGUUACAUUCAUCGUGAUUUGGCUAUUUGUAUUUGGCAAAGUUGAAAUAAACAUCUUUCCAAUGGGCAAUCCUUUUCUCCAACAUGGCGCCAAAAGCAAAGAAGGAAACUCCUGCCCCACCCAAAGCCGAAGCCAAAGCAAAGGCCUCGAAAGCUAAGAAGGCAGUGUUGAAAGGCGUCCACAGCCAUAAGAAGAAGAAGAUCCACAUGUCACCCACCUUCCGGGGGCCCAAGACCCUGCGGCUACAGAGGCAGUGCAAAGACCCUCAAAAGAGUGUACCCAGGAGGAACAAGCUUGACCACUAUGCCAUCAUCAAAUUCCCCCUGACCACCAAGUCAGCCAUGAAGAAGAUAGAGGACAACAACACACUAGUGUUCACUGUGGGUGUCAAGGCUAACAAGCACCAGGUCAAACAGCCCAUGAGGAAACUCUGUGACAUCGAUGUGGCCAAUGUCAAUGUCCUGAUAAGGCCUGAUGGAGAGAAAAAGGCGGGUGUUCGACCGCCUCCUGAUUAUGAUGCUCUGGAUGUUGCCAACAAGAUUGGGAUCAUCUAAACUGAGUCCAGCUGGCUAAUUCUAAAUACACACUUU